AUGAGUACACAAGAUAAAACUGAAGAGGUGCUCCAAAAGGAAAAUUGGGAGCGUAUCGCGAGCCAUAUAAACUUUGUUGUUGAGAAACUUGACGGUGAUUCAGUUUUGGACUCUUUUCAAUCCCUUUUUGCCGUUAACUUAGUGUAUGGGGACCGCUUGCUAGUAGACGCUCUGAGCCGCAAAGCAGUCGAGAACAGCCAUUCUAUCGCAAAAAUCGCGGCGUUAGUGGGCUUGAUUUCUUCUCGGAUUCGGUCUGUGGGCUCUUUGCUGGUUGAGGACACGGUACUGAGGUUUUUAACCGCUUUCAGGGCAAACAAUGCACGAACAUGUUAUGCAAGUGCAAGGCUUUUGUCGCAAUUAUUCAACUAUGGAGCUGCACACGAAAUUGUAGUGCUGCAAGUUCUUCAUUUGCUAACUGAACAUAUCAAUCCGCAUUCCGUCCGUUUGACCAUGGAAAUCCUGCGUCAGUGUGGACGUGAUCUGUUAGCAGUGGCGAAAAGUGCACACGAUCUUGUGUACGAAGGACUGCGUACAUAUUUUCAGGACUCUAAGACCAGCUAUGAGCUACGCCGAGAAUUCGAGGCUCUUUUUGAGCUUCGCAAGAGGGAAUAUAGCGGUGUGCUGCCGAAAAUUCAAUUGCCAUCAUACGAGCCCCAGAGACACGUUUAUAUGAUUGAUUUUGAAGAGAGUCAGUCAGUGCCAGAGAGGGAUCCACAAAAGUUUGUAUUCGACUCGAAUUACGACGCGAAGGAAGAAGCAUUCGAGUCAAUCCGGUCAGAAAUACAUUUCUCCGAGCAACCGAAAGAGAAAUUCUCUGAAGUCGUUAAAAUAGAGGACAAGACGCAAUCAGAUAACCUUGAGUUUAAGAAGAAAAUCUACUUGACUCUUAAAGGCUCCUUGUCGGGCGAUGAAGCUGCGCAUAAGUUGCUCAAAAUCCGGGUUGCUGACCGAAAUAAAAAGAUUCUUGUUGACACACUGAUUAUGGCCUGUUCGCAAGAAACGACUUAUUCUAAGUUUUAUGGUGUAACGGCUGAAAGACUUUGUUCAAGCCAUAAAAGCUGGAAACUCGCCUUCGCUCAAUCAUUCAAGGAAAAUUACAACGACAUGGACACCUUUCAGGCCACUCAAGUAAGGAACAUGGGGAAGCUUUGGGGCCACAUAUUGGCUUCUGAUUAUGUCGGGAUGGACGUGCUUGGGGCUGUUCAUAUGAACGCGAUUGAAACCACGCCUGCCGGGAGGGUCUUUUUGAAGUUUAUGCUGCAAGAGUUGGUUCUUGAUCUUGGGAUAGCUGAGCUGAAAUGUCGACUAGAAGAACCCUGGGUUCAACCUUUUUUGAAAGAGCUUUUCCCCGUUGAUGAUGUGGAGAAAACAAGAUUUUCCAUCAACUUUUUUACGGCUAUAGGGCUGGGGCCCUUAACAGAAGUGAUGCGCCAAACACUCGAAAGUGAAAAACUAACAAUACAGGACCAGAACUCAAAGCCGUAUAAUGAGGAAUUUGACGAAGCUGAUGAGUCAGACGGGGGCAACGAGGAUCAGACCGCUAGAACGUGGGAAAAGUUUAAUCGCAGGCGCAGGGCAAGGAUUUUGGAAGUGAAAGAUAACAGCGAGCGGGGCGAUUCUCGUCUACGAUCUCGAACACCGCCAAGACGAAGAAGAUCAAGGACACCUACGAGGCGAAGAUCGCGAUCGCCACCCAUGAGCCGCUAA